UCAUGAGCCGUAUUGCCCCUCUCUAGCAACAGUAUAAAAAGGCUCUGGGAAAACGUGCACAGUUCUUUUUCUGGCAGCUCUUCAAAUGAUAGCUCAACCUUUAAGAGCAGAAGGAAAUCUGAAAAGACAAGAGAACAGGAGGGCAAGGUGGAAGAACAGAUGCCAAGAAGCAGGGCAGUGAGACAACCCAAAGAAGUAAAAAUCCAAGUCAACCUUUUCCAGCCAGAUAGCCAGUAUCCAAGGCAAAGCAAGCAAACAGAGACGGUUCGGACCAGACCAAGGACUGUUGGUUGACUGGCAAAAUCCACAGUGACAUGUCUGACAGUCAGUGUGACAUGGAGAGCUCUGAGGAGCUUGAGCCACCUUGCCAGUCAAGAAGACCCAAAACGUCACGUUCUUGCCGAGCUGGUUUGAUAUUCCCUGUGAGCCGCAUUGACCGAUUCCUCAGGAGAGGAGACUAUGCAGAGCGAAUUGGAUCAGGAGCCUCAGUUUACAUGGCAGCGGUGCUUCAGUACCUGACAUAUGACAUUGUCGAUAUUGCUGGGAACAUUGCCGCAGGUGAAUACAAGCAGCGAAUUGCCCCCCAGCAUAUACAGCAAGCCAUCAGCAAUGAUUCUGAACUGUGCUCUCUGCUUGGAAGUAUUGCCUUCCCCCAGGGGAAAACGUUGCCCAAGAAUCAGCCUGCCACAUCAUCCAGGAAGGGGAAGGGCAGGAAGUCUGGCAAGGCUGUAAGAGCCCAUAGUGCAGUUGCUGCAUAAACAAAAGUGAUGCCAUUUAUGCUGGCUUGGAUUGAAGACUUCUGGUACCCAGCCCUGUGGUCUAAUAAAAGCUGCU